GUGGGGGCGUCAGCGGCAUACCUACAGACAGGAGUUUUCCACGCGGGCAGAUUCAACUCCUUCCUCCUCUUCUCCGUCCUCGUUAUUGCGUGGCUCAAUCUAAGUAACGAUGGAUUCGAUUCUUUCACUGGCGUGGAUAAGACGAAGCCAGAGUCUGUGGUCAACCUGACGGGCAGUCGCUUCCGAGUGCUGGCAGCGGCUUUCCUCAUGCUGGGGGUGGGCCUCGCAGGGAUCUUCUCAGGUGCAGCUGCUGUUGCGGAUCCACGUGUUGGAUGGCUAUUGGCCGCCUCAAUUGCCUGUGGCUACGUGUAUCAGUGUCCGCCUUUCCGCCUGAGCUACAGGGGCUUGGGCGAGCCCCUCUGCUUCUUCGCUUUCGGCCCCUCUGCUACCACUGCCUUCUACCUGCACCAGGCCAGCAACCCGGGCGCGCCAGCACCGGUGUCAGCAGCAGUGCUGGCAGCAUCGGUGCUGGUGGGCAUCACCACCACGCUCAUUCUCUUCUGCUCGCACUUCCACCAGAUCGACGGAGACAGAGCCAAGGGCAAGCUCUCCCCGCUAGUGCGCCUCGGCACAGCCACCGGGUGUGAAGUGGUGCGAGUGUCUGUGCUCGCACUCUACAUCUUCUCCGCUGCCUUCGUUGCCACGGGGGUUCUCCCAUGGACCUGCUUGCUUGCUGCAGCCGCCACGCUCCCCAUUGGUCGCAUCGUGGUCAACUUUGUCUCGUCGCAUCAUCAGGUUCGUCCGGCUGCCUAA